AUGUCCAUUAUCUCCCUGUGGCGAGCGUUGUCGAAUUGCAUUGCUGUCCGAGCAAAUUUGAUGUGUCGCAUGCCAAAUAUGAACUCGAUAUGUCUUAUGUGUAACCAAGAGGAAGAAACUGCUGUACAUCUCCUUACAAAUUGUCCUACAGCUAAACAGGAAUCUUAUUAUAUGGUUUCAGUUACAGUUUCAGUUCCUAUUAUUGGUAGUGUAGUUAUUGUUGAUGUUUGGUAUGAAUCAAAAUUUAGUCUUCGAUCCAAUCUGUUGCCUCAAAACUCGCUAGUUGACUGGUGGAAUGCCUUAACGAGCGACUUAAUACAGUUGGGAAGAACUAGAGAAGAUGUUGCUUCUUGUGCUUUUAUCCUCUGGAAUAUAUGGAAAGCACGUAAUGAUGUGGUCUUCAAUCAAAAUCACUUACUGGCAUCAGAAAUUGUUGAUAAGGCAUACAACCAACAACGAGAAUAUACAAAUGCUUUAAAGAAGAGACAUAAUUUAGAUGCUAUGCCAAGUAGUGUUACAACGGCGCGGACUAUUCUAUCUUUGUGGUUACCUCCGCCAACAGGUUUUCAUAAAGUUAAUUUUGAUGGUGCUAUUGACAUGAAUUCCAAGAUAGGUGCGAUUGGUUUUGUAGUCAGUGAUUGUGCAGGUAACAUUAUAUUGGCUGGUGCUAGACGUUUUCCUGGCAUAGUGGUACCGAUUACAAUAGAGGCAUUGGCGCUUCGGACAUCAAUGGAGGAGGUGUUACUACCAGGAUAUAAAGACAUAAUCUGUGAGGGAGACUGUCAGAUUCUGAUAAAUGCUGUUAAUUCCUCCUCUAGUGAUGACAGAGAUGCCGGGGUUGUUCUUGAAGAUAUUCUUAGUCUAAUUUUCCAUUUUUCGGAAAUUAGAUUUUCAUAUGUAAACCGGGAAAACAAUUGGGUAGCCCACAUGGUGGCUAGAAAAGCCCUUGUCGAUGACUGCUUCUGCAGUACUCAUCAUUCUGUUACGAAUUGGCUCACUCAAAUGUGUUGA